CUUCCGGCGGCGCCGUUCGGGUUCUGUUAGCUUGGCAUCGUUGAGAUCUGUUCGCCUGAUUUGUGGUGUGCCAGAGGUCUGGGUCGGGAGUGAGGGUCCAUGGCAGUGGCAGCAAUGCAUGAGGACCCUGCACAGGAUUGUAUGGUCUUUGAGGAUGUGGCCAUAUAUUUCUCCCAGGAAGAAUGGGGGAUCCUUAAUGAUGCUCAGAAACACCUGCACAGCAAUGUGAUGUUGGAGAACUUUGCGCUUUUGUCAUCAGUAGGUUGUUGGCAUGGAGCCAAGGAUAAGGAGGCACCUUCCAAGCAAUGUGUUUCUGUAAGAGUGUUACACGUCACAACUCCGAAGCCAGCUUUAUCCACCCUGGAGGCCCAGCCCUGCAAGACAUGUAGCACACUUCUGAAGGACAUUCUGCACCUGGCUGAGCACAAUGGAACACACCCUGAGCAAGGGCUGUACACGUGUGCAGCAGAGCAUUACCUGCACCAAAAGGAGCAGAUUAGAGAGGAGCUCACUAGAAGUGAUGAGUGGAGGCCUUCAUUUGUGAACAACAGUGUUCACAUGGCAGAGAGGAACUUCACCUGCACACAGAGUGGCAAGGAUUUUACUGCCAGUUCAGACCCUCUCCAGCAACAGAUCUUAAACAGUGGGUGGAAGCUGUACAGGGAUACCCAGGAUGGGGAAGCCUUUCAAGAUGAACAGAAUGAUUACAACUCCAGCCAAGGUGGGAAAGACUUUUGCCACCAACAUAAGCUGUUUGAGCACCAAAAAACCCAUACUGGGAAGAGGGCUUAUGAGUCCAGUGAACGUGGGAAAUUGUUUAGGUACAAUUCCAACCUUAUUAAGUAUCAACAAAAUCAUGCUAGAGAUAGGCCUUAUGAAUGCACUGAAUAUGGAAAGACCUUUAUUAGAAAGUCCAACCUAGUUCAGCACCAGAAAAUUCAUAUUGAAGGCUUUCUUUCAAAAAGGGCUGACCCUCUUGAACAUCAGGAGAUUUGUAGUAAACCAACACCUUAUGAAUGCACCCAAUGUGGGAAAGCUUUCCUUACACGGGCUCAUCUGGUUGGUCACCAGAAAAUCCAUACUGGAGAACAGCCCUAUGAAUGCAACCAGUGUGGGAAAUUUUUUAUGUAUAACUCUACACUCAUUAGACAUCAGAAAGUUCAUACUGGCAAAAGGCCUUAUAAGUGUAGCGAAUAUGGAAAAGGCUUUAGCCUCAAACUUGUUCAGCACCUGAAAAUUCACACUGGAGAAAGGCCUUAUGAGUGCACUGAAUGUGGGAAAGCCUUUGUUAGAAAGUCCCACCUAGUUCGGCACCAGAAAAUCCACACUGAAGCAUUUUCAAAAAGAUCUGAUAUUCAACACAAGAAGAUCAACAUCAGGCCAAGGCCUUAUGCGUGUAGUGAAUGUGGGAAGGCCUUCCUUACACAGGCUCAUCUAGAUGGUCACCAGAAAAUCCAUACUGGAGAAUACCCUUAUGAAUGCAAUGAAUGUGGGAAAUUCUUUAUGGACAACUAUAAACUUAUUAUUCAUCAGAGAAUUCACACUGGAGAAAAGCCUUAUAAAUGUAGCAAAUGUGGAAAAUUGUUUAGAUAUCGCUGUACACUGAGUAGACAUCAGAAAAUUCACACUGGAGAAAGACCUUAUGAGUGCAAUGAAUGCGGGAAAUUCUUUAUGGACAACUACAAACUUAUUAUUCAUCAGAGAAUUCACACUGGAGAAAAGCCUUAUAAAUGCAGCAAAUGUGGAAAAUUCUUUAGAUAUAACUGUACACUGAGUAGACAUCAGAAAAUUCACACUGGAGAAAGACCUUAUGAGUGCAGUGAAUGUGGGAAAUUCUUAAGGGAUAGCUACAAACUCAUUAUUCAUCAGAGAGUUCACACUGGAGAAAAGCCUUAUGAAUGCAGCAACUGUGGGAAGUUCCUUGGAUACCGUUCUACAUUAAUUAAACAUUAUAAAGUUUGCACUGGGGAGAAGCCUCAUGAGUGCAGUAAAUGUGGGGAAUUGUUUAGGACCAAAUCAAGCCUUAUUACACAUCAGCAGUCUCACACUGGAGAAAGUCCUUUUAAGUUAAGGGAAUGUGGGAAAGACUUCAGCAGCAAAUGUAAUACUGGUCAGCACCAAAAAAAUCACAGUGGAGAAAGGUUUUAUGAGUGUGGUGAAUGCAACAAAGUGUUUAAAUACAACUCCAGCCUCAUUAAACAUCAGAGAAUUCACAGUGGAGAAAGGCCUUAGUGCAAUGAAUGCAGGAAAGUCUUUAACCAAAACUGUCACUUCAUUAAGCACCAAAAAGUUCAUAUCAGAUAAAGAACCUAUUAAUAUAUAUAAAUUUAAUGUUGAGAGUUUAGACAAAUCUGCAAGGAUUUCCUGCUGGGAACUACGUUAAGAACAUUUGUAAUUGUGGCAAAAUACAGGUAACUUAAAAUCUACCAUCUCAACCCAUAUUUAAAUGUACUGUUCAGUAGUGUUAAGUCAUUCACAUUGUUGUCAAUUAAUAUCCAGAAGUUUUCUCAACUUAAACUAAAACAUUAAACCCUUUAACCAGGGAUCCACAACCCCCAGGCUGCAGACUGGUACCAACUCCAGACUGCCCCGGUUUCAGACUGUUAGGAACCAGGCCAGCAUUACCACCUGAGCUCUACCUCCUGUCAUAUCAGUAGCAGCAUUAGAUUUUCAUAGGAGUACAAACCCUAUUGUGAACUGUGCAUGUGAGGGGUUUAGGUUGUGUGCUCCUUAUGAGAAUCUAAUGCCUGAUAGGAUCUGAGUUGGAACAGUUUUAUCCUGAAACUAUCCUCCCCCUCCUCUGUCCCUGGUCUGUGGAAAAGUUGGCUUCCAUGAAACCAGUUUCUGGUGCCACAAAGGUUGGGGACCGCUGCUUUAAACCACUCUUCAUUCCCUACUCCACCCACCCCCUGACAACCACUACUGUAUGAAUUUUACUACUGUAAAUACUUCGUAUGAGAAAACUUAAGUUUUAGA